AUGAGCUUCAUUGAGCAUAGUCGCUGUCUUCGUUGGAGACUGGGCUGGCUCCCCACCAACUACUCAGCCCAUUGCCAAUUUCAGCCCUCAAUCACUCUCAGUAAAACCCUCGCCAAUGAAUGUAUACAAAUGCACAACCGCCUGCAACUCCCGACAACCAUCACUGACCCCAUAUCUCACCUGAUGAACCAACUUCCCACUCGGCCUAUAAAACAGCGUGCCACGAGUUAA